AUGAUUGAAUGUAUUAUUGAAACUCAUUCAAAUGAAUUGACAAAUAUUGAAAGAAAAUAUGUAAAACUUGAUGUUUGUUUACGAUUAAGAUUAAAUGAAUUUUCAGCACUUCGAUAUUUAAAAGAUGAAAUUGAAUCUUCUAUUCAAAAACUUUUACUUCAAUCACCAUCAUCAACAACAACGCUCGAAAGUAUUCCACUAUUUACGCCUAUUGCUGAAAAAGAGGAACAAUAUUUAAGAUCUAUUGCACAGCAUAAUCAUUGUUAUCUUAAAACUGAACUAAAACAUUAUUAUCAAUCGUAUCCUGUACCUAAAGCAUCGAUAUUCAACAAACAAAUAUCAAAAUCAAUAAUAGAACAGUCCGAACUUUUUUGUUCUUCAACUGAUAUUUUAAAAAAAUAG